AUGCAAUUGCUUACCAGGAAUUCUAUUUUUUCCUUUCACAUCCGCACGGUGUUGUUGAUGGUGUUAUUUCUUACCGGGUCUUUUACAUUCACGGUUUCCAUGCUUUCCAAGGCAACAGUAUUGACACAAACGUCAACAGAGAUCUGUGAAGGAGUACGUCCAGUUGAUCAAGUUGUAUUGAUUCUCAUCGACGCGUUGAGGCCAGAUUUUGCGCUAUCUGGACUUUCACACCAUUACUCCGCUGGUAACGAAUGUGGGGUUACUGCUGCUUCCUCCAAUAAAAGUACAAAUCCCAAACUUCAUACAGCCAAUACAGACGGUAAUCAGCAAGAUCAUCAGGGUAGUGAUAGUGACCGACGUCAUCAAAACUCUACACUUAAGUAUGUGGAAGAAAAACUUCGAGAUGUAACACAUCCCUCGCACGGGUUUUUCUUAUUGGCGGACACUCCUACUAUAACAUGUCAACGAUUAAAGGCAAUUGCAACAGGUACUAUGCCAGCAUUUCUUGAGGCUGGUGGAAAUUUAAAUACAGAUAUUGUGGUAACAGAUAGUUUGUUCCGACAGCUGCACGGACGCUCUAUUCUUCUUGGUGAUGAUACGUGGUUGAACUUAUUUCCUGAUGAUGAUAUAAAUACAUCACUCUGGAAACGUACUAUUGCAUAUCCUCCAUUUAAUGUAUCAGACUUUGACACCAAUGAUCGAGAUGUAAUGACAAAUCUUCUUCCAGUACUUUCGACGGAAACAAUUGAACGAGCACCAGCAGACUAUGCGAAACUUAUAGUAGCCCAUUUUCUUGGUGUAGACCAUAUUGGACAUCGACUUCAUGCUGAUCAUCCGGCAAUGGGUAUAAAACUUGAACAACUUGAUGAGGCACUACGCAAUAUAUCACAGUUUAUUCGGAAUAAACGGAAUACUUCUACACGAACACUUUUGUUGGUAUUUGGUGAUCAUGGGAUGACAAAUAGCGGCGAUCACGGUGGGGACUCAUACCAGGAGACAGAUACCUUUAUGUACGCAGAAUUAUUUGACGGUAAUGUAAAUGUAUCGUCAUACACAUCAUCAUCACCAUCUCUACAACAGAAGACAGAGAUGACGCGACAACGUUGGCAUGAUGAUAUUGACAUUGACUUGACUCGUCUUAAACCAUGUGUAGAUGCUGCUGGUGUGCAUCGUGAUAAGUUGAGCGCCGCACAUCAGGUGGAUAUGACAUCAACAAUUUCUGUAGUACUUGGUGUACCAAUUCCGUUUAGCAGUUUUGGUCGUAUUAUUCCAGAGAUUGUUGCACUAGUAGACCCUAAGGCUAACAUGGAAUUACUUGAAAAGUGUAAUUGGCAUCAAUUAAUGUCUUACUUUGAAGAAUCACAUUUGCCAAUAGACAAUGUAUGGAAGGAUGGGAACCUUUCAUGGAAGAGUCGUAUUGCAGAGAUGAGUCAUUUUGGACGUAAAACACGUACUAAAAUGAAACGUGAUGGAAUGUUCAUUGGAUCAACUAUAUUUUUAAUGGCGGCCCUUUCCUUUCUAUGGUAUGAUGAGGUUUUACACUCUUUACAUAGGGAAAAUCUUAUCAGUUUUUGGGCAAUUGUGUUAUUCAUAUUUCGUGUUUGCACUGUAUUUGCGAACAGUUUUACUGUAAAAGAAAGUGUAGAAGUGCUUUCCCUUUUUCAGAUACUAUUGCUUACAGGAUUGGUUGCUACACCGAAACGACGUGUUUUCUUCUAUAUUCUUAUACUUCUCAUAUCUACAAGAGUGAUUGUACCGCUAAUUUGCCGUGAUCGAUCACACAUUACCCAUGUGGCUGAAAAUAUCUCACCAAUGGAAGAGUGGGUAAACACAAAUAUACCACCAAACUUUCGAUGGGAGGCUGUGGGAACACUAGCAGGCACUAUGGUAUUUACCGCAAUAUUACCAAGCACAAAAUACCGUCUAUGCACUGUAGCCCUAUUUGUACUCCUUACAAGUUGUUACAAGCGACCUGUUUUACAUCAUCUUGCUCCAUUAAUGUUUUUAGCUGUAACCGCUUUUGUGCGCAAUGCGGGGAUGCUAAGAUAUGUGGUAAUUGUCUUAUGGGCAAGUUCACUCUGUAAUGAAAAUAUCGUGGCAAGUGUUGCUAUUGCGCUUUAUGGUGCAAUAUUACCUAUUGUUAUUAAAGCCACAGAUAAUUUUUCCCCCAUCUACCAAGGAAUAUUGCUGCACCUCCUAUCGUGGGUAGGAUUCUUUGCUCAAGGACAUCAAUGUCUUUUCAAUACUAUUGACUUCAACGCUUCAUUUGUUGGUAUGCCAUUCAAUAACAUUCCAGUAAGUACUGUUCUUGUCUUGACACGAACAUUCAACGCCUUUGCGCUGACCCCAAUGUCAGUCAUGUUUACAUACCAGAAAAAACGUGCACGAGGUUGGCGGGUGUGUUACGUUAUCAUUUAUUUGAGUGUGGUGCAGGGAUCGAUCUCGUGCUUUAAUGGUUACAUCCAAAAAUCACAUUUAAUGUUAUUUCCUAUCUUCUCCCCAAAACUCAUAUAUGACCUUGUUGCUUGCAUGAUAACCGGUAUAGGGUACAUCUUAACUCUCGUUGUGAUGUAA